CUAUAAAUAGGAUGCACUACGACAGCAGAACUUUUCAAACUGUCUAUGUCAUCUUCUCGUAGGAACACGCUAUAUGUACUGAAAGCGACAUAGUCAUAUGGAGCAAGUGGACCACGAAUGAUAAUAAUUUGGGUAUUCGGUGACUAUAUAAAAGUGAGAGGAUCUGACAAAGUUCAGUAAAAAUUGUGUGCUCAACAGUGUUUUAAUCCGCAACAGUUUUUGGUUUAAAUCAAGGAUUUUCAAGGAGAUUUAAUUUCACGACAGGGAUAAAGUUAUAAAGAUGGAAAUCGACAUUUUUGUACUUGAUUUAAUGUUAUGUUUUUAUUUACAGAUUUUACUCUUAUUAAUAUUAAUAUACUCAUUGUCGUCAGAAUGGUUCAGUGGGAUGUCAAUAUUACAGAAGUAGAGGAAGGGAAGGACGUCACUGAAUCUGUUGUAUCGGUCGGGGAAGGAAAACGAACGCAUUUGUGGCAGUAUGUAUAUACCACGAUGUUGAUAUUCUACGUUGCUACUUGUGUAACACUAGGAGCCUUUCGGGAUUUCGGUUGUUCCCUCGAUGGUUUCUUAGUUGUCUGGUGGACCGCAGAGGCUGUUUUUCUUUUUGUUGGCACGAUUUUUGAGUUCGUACACAUUCGUCGCGUUGACGAUUCAGACGUCGACGUCAGGUCUCGCUGUCCCUUAAACUGCGAUUUGUUACUUGUUAUCUGGGGAGUCAUCGGAAUCAUAGGGACCUAUAUGGUUCAGCAUCAAGUGGACACAGUCUGCUCAAUGUUUCAAUGGUCUGGGUUAUUAAUUUGGAGCAUCGUCUCUAUUGUUAUCGUUGUCGUGGGAAGGAUUUCGAUCAAAGUUUGUUAA